CUUAUCACCACCACACACGUUGCUGUUGCUACCCCACCACUACAACUGUAAAAAACACCACCACAGCAACCAUCAGUCACACAAACCACCAUAAACAUCAAAGAAAUGAAACUCAGUAAUAAAAGAAGGAAAUAACAAACCUGCGCCACUGUGGUUCAAUCAUUGUCAAAUUAGAAGCAACGGCAAUAGGUGUGAUGGUGCCAUUCGCAUGCUGAAUCAAAUCGCGACACACUGCAGUAACGUCUUUUUCCAAAUUGUCUUUUAUUUCAAGAAUGGUGAUCUUUAAAAUCAUGUUGGGAUGUAAUUUCCACUUGUUUUUCAAAUGGAUCUGACGGCCCAGCCCACAUUACCGCCCAAUCUAUCAAUCGAAAUCUUGUGUGUUUUCUGGCCACGUGAUCCAACAGAAUAUUCCAAGAUCAUACAACACCACGUAGUUGAUAAAAUAAAAUGACUACUCCCCAACAUCACUGUCGCCGGAGCAUUACUGCAAAAGCUCGCCGCCAAUGGCAUUGCUGGCGUUUCCAUUGCACCUGACCACUCUUUCAUCUUCCUCUUUGUCAACAUUAAUCCAGAGGCCAACUCUCUGUACCUUCCCAAUUAGCUCAAUUUUCUUAUACAAACAUCCAUCACGUUUUUCUUCCAAAUUUUUUCGCAAGAACCCUGAUAGAAAUCACCCUUUAACAGUCAAAUCUCAAUUGAAUACUCCUUUGAUUUCUCCUCAGGACCAUUGGGGUACAUGGACUGCUCUAUUGGCCACAGGCACUAUCGGUCUAUGGUCAGAGAAGACCAAGAUUGGGAGCACGUUGAGUGCUGCACUAGUGAGCAUUUUACUUGGGCUUGCGGCGAGUAAUAUGGGGAUUAUCCCAUUUGAAGCACCAGCGUAUUCAGUAGUGUUUCAAUAUUUGCUGCCAUUAACAAUACCUUUAUUAUUAUUCAGAGCAGAUAUGAGGCAAGUGAUACAGUCGACCGGGGCUUUGCUCCUGGCUUUCUUGUUAGGAUCAGUUGCAACAGUAGUUGGAACGACAGUGGCAUUCCUGAUGGUACCAAUGAGAUCACUUGGCCAGGAUAACUGGAAAGUAGCUUCUGCUCUCAUGGGUAGUUAUAUUGGUGGAGCUAUCAAUUAUGUUGCAAUCUCAGAGGCACUUAGUACUUCUCCAUCAGUUGUAGCUGCAGGUGUAGCUGCGGAUAAUGUCAUUUGUGCUGUAUAUUUUGUUGUAUUAUUUGCAUUAGCCUCCAAAAUACCUUCGGAGGCUUCAACAUCAACCAAUGAUGCUUCUACAGCUAUGAAGUCUGAGGGAAACCAGCUUUCUGUGCUUCAUAUUGCUACUGCACUUGCUGUUUCAUUCGCUAUAUGCAAAGCUGCCACUUCUCUUACCAAAUUGCUCAGAAUUCAAGGAGGUGAUCUUCCUGCAAUUACAGCAAUUGUUGUGGUUUUAGCAACUUCCCUUCCAAAAUAUUUCUGCCAACUUGCAUCUGCUGGUGAAGCAUUUGCUGUAGUAUUGAUGCAGGUAUUUUUUGCUGUUGUGGGUGCCGGUGGGAGUAUAUGGAAUGUAAUCCACACGGCACCUAGUAUUUUCUUGUUUGCUUUCAUUCAAGUGACUGUUCAUCUCCUUGUGAUACUUGCAUUGGGAAGAUUGUUCAGAUUGGACUCAAAACUGUUAUUAUUAGCAUCGAAUGCUAAUAUUGGAGGUCCUACGACAGCAGGUGGAAUGGCUACAGCAAAAGGAUGGAGUUCUUUGGUCGUUCCCGGCAUUCUAGUAGGGAUAUUUGGAAUAUCAAUAGCGACCUUUCUGGGCAUUGGUUUUGGAACGUUAGUUCUCAAACACUUGUGAAUAGAUAUACGUUUGCAUAGAUUUUCAACUCACUGUAAAUUUCUGAAUUAAUUCUGUGCUCUGCCAUUGGAAAUUUCUGUGUUUCUGCGAAACUCUUGCAACUUGUUGGUAUGUAGGAAAGAUUUAUGCAAACUGGUUGGUUCAUAAUUGAAGAGCAAAAGAAAAUUAAAUCUUAGAACCUGGUAUUGUUGAUAUACUUAAAAAUUAUGUUCACAGUUUUGUAAUUUUAAUUGAGUCCUUUUUUCUCA